AUGUGUCCCGUUAGUCGAAUUAUCCGAAACGAGGGGGACAAAACUGACCCACCAAAACACCUGGGUCACUUUUGUCCUGCCCUCUUUCCAUGCUUUCAACCUGCCUCUCACACCCGUUCGCCACUUCUUUUCGAUUUGAAGCCAUUCUUGACCUCGAAGACGUUUGAAGCCAUUACUACCAGCACGCCAGCCACUGUCAAAGCUAACCCUAACUCUGCCGCCGGCGAAACCCAUUUCAACCAGAUUGUCUUCCCGAAACCGGCCUUCUCUCCCAACUCCGUGAAACGGCAUCGUUUGGUACGCAGGAUAGAUCGACGAGCUCCAAUCUGGAAUCCACACCCUUUCUAUCGUCGCCAAGAGUCCUCACUCAAAUCUCAACCCAAAUGUCGACCAGAAAACUGGGUUUUGUGCUUAAUUUGUCACUCGUGGCAAAGGAAAAAUGAAAGACGUGUUAGGAAUAGAAUAACUAGGAAUACCGAAUUGCGUACAUCUUUUAUAGAUAGUUUGUUGGACAAUGAUGUCACUUGUAUUAGUCAAUUGAGGAUGGAUAGGAGAACAUUUGUUAUUUUAUGUCGGUUAUUACGCCAAGAUGGAUAUAUGAAAAGAGAUGGUACUGUUACAUUGGAAGAGCAAGUGUGCAUAUUUUUGCACAUAAUUGCUUAUCAUACAAAAAACCGUACAAUUAUCAGUCGAUUCUAUAGAUCAGGGGAGACAAUUAGUAGAUAUUUCAAUUCAGUAUUGAAUGGGGUGUUGCGCUUACAUUCCAUUUUGUUGAGGCAUCCUGAACCUGUGUCGGAUAAUUGCUCGGAUGAUAGAUGGAAAAUGUUUAAGAAUUGUUUGGGAGCAUUAGAUGGAACUUAUAUUAAGGUGAAAGUACCUGAAAUCAAUAAGCCAAGAUAUCGAACAAGAAAGGGUGAGAUCGCAACAAAUGUCUUAGGUGUAUGUAACCCGAAUAUGGAAUUUAUAUUUGUAUUACCGGGUUGGGAAGGCUCCGCUUCAGAUUCCAGAGUACUUAGAGAUGCAAUAAGUAGGCCAAAUGGACUAAAAGUACCAACCGGUUGUUAUUACUUAGUGGAUGCUGGUUACACAAAUGGUGAAGGAUUUCUUGCACCAUAUAGGGGAACAAGAUAUCACCUUUCCGAAUGGAGAGAUGGUUGUGCACCCAUAAAUCAUCAAGAGUAUUUCAACAUGAAGCAUGCAUCAGCUAGGAAUAUCAUAGAAAGAUGCUUUGGGGUUCUUAAAAUGCGAUGGGCAAUUUUAAGAAGUCCAUCUUUCUACCCAAUUGCAACACAAAUCAAAAUCAUUACUGCAUGUUGUCUGAUACAUAAUCUGAUUAGAAGAUAA